CCUAGAUUCACGCAAGAUCCACGCAACAAAACACCCUGAGAUUUCGAUGCUCAGGCCUCAGGCCGAGGCUCAGGACGCAGCCUUAAAUGAGUCCCACAAUGGCCGCCGGCAGCUGUACUACUGCUUCACAAGAUGCUCAUAAUUCCUUUUCUCCCUGCGUCGAAAGACGACGUCGACCGCUCGCAAGUGAGGAUAUACGCCGGGAAGCUCUUUGACUCCGUCAAUCUCCAGCUGCUAGAGAAUCAGGUCAUAACCAUCUCGCCGGAUUCUGGACUCAUACUGGAUGUCAGCUCCUACUCGCCAAAGGACCGUAUUACCUGGGAUGACCCGCAAGUGAUUGAUCUGAGACAUGCGACGGUCCUCCCUGGACUUGUCGACGUUCACGUACACUUCUUCUUGCAUACAUACUCAGAGACGAGGUGGGAUGAUCAAGUCAGCAAGGAAAGCGUGGUCGAACGCACCAUACGUGCAACUGUCCAUGCUAAGCGCACUCUGAUGGCUGGCUAUACCGCCGUGCGUGACUUGGGUACGGAGGGUGCAGGCGACGCGGACAUCCAUCUGCGCAAGAGCAUGGCAGGCCCGAGCCCUAUUAUCCCCGGCCCGCGCUACUUCACUGCCAACCGAGCUAUCGUGGCCACAGGCAGUUACGGCCCGAAGAGCGCUAUUCACUUGAACCAGGAAGGCAUCGAAGGCAUUACUGGCGGUGAGGUGGUUGACGGGGAGGUUGAAUGCAUGAAGGCCGUGCGCCGACAAAUCGGCGCAGGGGCCGACUGGAUUAAAGUGAAUCAUUAUCACCUAUGUCUCCUUACAACCGAUGCUGACGAAUAUCGACCCCGCACCCGCAUCGGCGACGUCUCGUAUGCCACACCGUCCGUCUCGAUCUCCACAUUCAACGAAAAGGAGCUGGACGCACUAGUCACCACCGCCAACCGGCUCGGUGUCAAAGUCGCCGCGCACUCCUCGCACUGGCGCACGCGCCUAGCCGACAAGCCAAACCUGCCCAGCGGGCCAGGCUUCCACUCCAUCGAGCACGGCGCAGAAAUUGACUUCGAUGAAGGCACCGUCGCCGCUCUCUGCACCGAAUCAACAGACCACCGUAACACGUUCUGGGUGCCCACCCUCUCUGUGUUUUAUACUCAGUACGGGAACGGCCAGGGCGAGGUGUGGAAGAUGGCCGAGCGGAAUUUCGCGAAGGCGCUGCAGUAUGGUAUUAGCAACAUUGCCUGCGGAGGGGACACGGGCCCAUUCCCUCAUGGCGACAACUCGUUGGAGAUGAAGCUCAUGGUGCGCCUCGGUGCCGAUUGGCGCAAGGUGCUGGGUUGGUGUACCUACGGCGGCUGGAAGUGCAUCCGUAGCAUGCGUUGGGAGGGCAAAGAGGGUGCCGCCCGUUUGGCCCGGGUCGGCAGCUUACAGGAAGACCAGAGGCUAGUCGGCGACAACGAGGUCCCCUUCGGAGUGAUCAAGCGUGGUUUCGCCGCCGACAUCAUAGCCACGACCGGAGAUCUAGCGGGGAAUUUCGAGAGUGCUGUAGACAAAUCCGCCAUAUCCUUCGUCAUGAAAGCUGGGAAGGUUUUCAAGCGAGAGGGAAAAGAAGUGAUGUAA